AUGACGAGUGAUAACAAAACCAUCGCAAAUCGUUCCAAUAAGCGACCAGCGAAAGGAGCAAGCGACAACAAGAACAACGACCAAAGCAGCCAAACGAAGAAAAGAAAAACGGUCAGCACUCCACCUGCUGAUGAAAAAACACUUGGAGACUACAUUGCAAAUGAAGACGAAUGGUUCAAUGAUGAUGCAACUGAUGUGGAAAAAGAGAGCUCCAAAUAUAUGAAGAUCAAGUUUUUGAAAAAAGAUGAAGACCAGAUUAAGCUUACUCAAAAACGUCUGAAGGUCGACCUGGCUCAUUUCUUGAAAACUGGAGAAACUAAAUUGAUCGUCGCAAGUACCGAGGCAACUGCAUCGCAGCGGGUGGCAAGCAUUGAGUUCGACAUUAAUGCCAUCAAGAUGGAGUACAAACGAGAUUUGACCGCAUUCGUUGAUGAGGUGAAAAAUCUCUUCGACUGGUUAGAAACAGGG